AUGUAUGGAGAGGACAUAGAGGAACUGACUGUGCUUCUAAAGGAGGGCUCCAGGACCACUGCACUGUGGUGGUUAUCUGGUAACCAAGGAGAUUCAUGGCGUCAUGGUGAGGUUACAGUUGGUCGAACCCCUCAGGACUUCACCAUCCUGUUUGAAGCCUCCAGGGCCUUCAACAGUCCUGGACACGUUGCCAUUGACGACAUAGAUUUCACCAACUGCUCCCUGCCUGAGUCUCAGCCCUCAUGUCCAGAGAAUAUGUUCAAGUGCAACAACAGUGUGUGUGUGGAGAGAAACCAAGUGUGUGACUUCAGUGAUGACUGCGGGGACCAGACUGAUGAGAUCGACUGUGAAACACAUGCUGAGCGGUGCAGCUUUGAACAAGGCCUGUGUUCCUGGGCAAGAAGUGAUGUGGACACAACUGGAGCUGAGUGGACGCGUCACAGAGGACAGGAAGCUUGGCCCGGACUCAGGCCUCCCAGAGAUCACACCAAAAACUCUGCUGCGGGUCACUUUAUUAUCCCUGAGACUGAAGUGACUGAAAAGGGUCAGACGACAGAGAUUCUCUCCAAAACAUUACUACCCAGCUCCAACUGCACUGUGAGAUUCUUCUUCCUCAGCCUGAAUGAUGCUGCAGGCAGACUGACAGCCCGGUCCAGGACGCUUCAGUCUGGUAGUGAUGACGCUGUGAUAUGGCUCAGGGGAAACUCACAGAGUUACAGCUGGCAGAGAGCAGAAGCCACGUUCUCCUCCUCAGAAAACAGCAAGAUUGUCUUCAGAUAUGAGCGAGGUGAUGGUCUCAGAGGGCUGGUUGCACUGGAUGACAUCUCCUUCUCAAGAGAGUGUGUAUUUGACCCUGAGAACAGCAAACUACCCGACACAUCAUCUACCGCCGCCCCACCGACUUCCUCUAACACAUCUCCAGCCACACCCUCAACCUCAACUGCACCGCCCCACCCCUGUCAGGAUAAUGAGUUUUUCUGUUGGCGUUCAGACAGAAACAUUUGUAUUCUGGCCGCUCUACAGUGUGAUUAUCGUACAGACUGUCCGCAGGGGGAGGACGAGGAUGGCUGUGGUCCGUGCACGUUUGAGAGUAACCAGUGCCAGUGGACUGACAUUAGUGAUGGAGCGAGCAGGUGGCAGAGACAGAAAGCCAGUAACAACACCGAGCCACCCACUGAUCACACUACAGACACAGGCUACUACAUGAGAGUGAAUUUCAAUGGGGAGUCCAAACAGAGUGAGGCCCGACUCCAGAGUCCCUCACUCCCCCCCUCAUCCCCCUACUGCCAGAUUCUGUAA